UUAAUAUUAAUUAAUUUACUAUAUAAAAACCCUCUUUUCUUUAUUCUGAAAACACAACCCUUAGAACCAAACCCUGUGUUCUUUGUCAAACCUUGUGUGACUGUGCCGUCAUCGCUGUUUCAUCUUCCUUAGGUAACAAUCAAACAAUCAAACGAUUCCAUGUCGAACAAUCGUUUCAUUCCUAACGAUUCUGUCGAUAACGGUGAUUCGCCGUUAUCACCUCGAUCACAGUGGUUCAGUUACAUAGCAUCGUUAACCCAAAACCAGAACCAGAACAAUAACCAUAACCAAAACCCUUUCAUGUCUCAAAUCGAAAACCCUAAUCAAACCCUAGAACAAGCUUUUUCUCGUCUUUCUGUUGCUAAUCCUAAUCCUAAUCAAUCUUUUGGUUAUGGUGUUGCUAAUAAUCUUAAUGAUUAUGAUUACUCUGGUCUUGGUGUUAGUGUUAAUCCUUAUUAUAACUAUAACUAUGGGAUUCAACUCUCUAAUCCUAGUCAACCUGAUUUCAAUAGACCUGUUAGGAAUAAUAAUAACAUAGCUUAUGGUAGAGGAAUUUCGUCGCCGUCGCCGCGGUUGAGUUCUUAUGAUGUAAAUCAGAUUAGGUAUAAUCAUUUGAAUGGGGGUAUUGGUGGUGGUGGUUAUGGUAAUGAUAUGUUUUAUGGUAGUGAAGAACUUAUGAGAAAUUUUCAAUGUGCUUUAAGGAAUGAAUCCUCUGUGCCAACUUGGGUUAAUGAUGGUGUUAAUGUUAAUAAUGUUAAUGUGAAUGGAAUGAGUGCACAUUGGUUUGAUGAAUUUCGUGGGAGGGUUUAUUCGUUAGCGAAGGAUACACAUGGGAGCAAGAUUUUGCAAGAAGUGAUGGAAAAUUUGGGACCUGAAGGGGUUUCAUACUUUUUCUUGGAGCUGAUUAAUCACAUGUGUGAGUUGAUGGUUGAUCCUAUUGGUUAUGAGGUCAUUACAAAAAUGGUGGAAGUUUGUAACCAAGAUCAAAAGACUCAAAUUGUUCUGUUGGUCACACACCAUGGUGCUCAGUUUAUCAGAAUCUGCCUUAGUCUUCAUGGAUCUCGUUCUGUUGAGAAACUGUUGGAGAAAGUUACCACCAGAGAGCAAAGAGGUCUAAUUAUGUCAGCUUUGACCCCUGGAGCUAUUGUAUUGUCUAAGGAUAUCAAUGGUCAUCGUGUGGUUUUCAAUUGUUUGAAAAAUUUCCCACAUGCUGAUACUGAGAAAUUCCUGGGAGUUAUUGCAAGAAAUUCUUUGUCACUUUCAAGAGAUAAGACCGGAUGUUGUGUGCUGCAGUAUUGUGUUAGCCAUGCUCAAGGAGCAACUAAGAAUCUUCUGAUUCAUGAAAUAAUACUUCAUGCUCCACUAUUAGCAGAAGAUUGUUACGGCAACUAUGUGAUUCAACAUCUAAUAUCUCUGAAAAUACCAACAGUCUCAGGCAACCUACACCAUCAGCUUCAGCAGCAAUUUGUAUCUCUUUCCUGCAAUAAAUAUGGCAGUAAUGUAGUGGAAAAGUUUUUGCAUGAUUCAGGAGUGGAUAUAUCUUCCUGCAUCAUUAUAGAAUUGCUAAAUGAUCCUAAUGUAACAAGGCUCCUUACGGAUCCUUAUGGAAAUUUUGUCAUCAGUACUGCAUUGAAUAAAUUUAAGGGUGCUAGAUUCAUUAAGAAUGCCUUGGAGGAACUGGUCGAAGCAAAUUCUCAAAUGAUGCGUAGCAAUAUGUUUGGCAAAAAGGUGCUUGAUAAGUUUGAGGGUAAAAAUCGGCGUAAUAAUAUAUAAACAUGUAUUUCAUACCUGCUAGGAGUAACCCUUUUAAAAUUAGUGUGUUAAGCUAUGUGUGUUAGUUGUUUAUUAGUUAUCCAAAAAAAAAAAAAAAAAAAAAGGGACCUUAGGGUAUGUGUGUUGUUUUAUUAGUUUCUUUCAGUUUUCUUGUUGUGUGUUACUGGCAUGGAAUGGAUGGAAUGGAUGGAAGGAUUUUGCUUUUGGAACAGUUUAUGGACUAGAGAGGACAAUGCUCCGUAGCUGUUUUCAUUGCAAUGGAAGCUCGGGCUGGUCUCACAAGUUCUGAUAUUCCACAUGUGUAAUUUUUUGUGAUUCUACUGUUAUUGUUGCUCUAUAUUAUUGUAUGUCCAAUAAGAGAAUAAUGUGGAGGAUGGAUUAAUUUAGGUGGUUCGUUGUUUUUUUA